AUGACAGGUAAACAUGGAGGUGUUGCGACUAAAAUAAAAUUGGUUACAGAAAAUUGUACUUUCAUACAUUGCAGCAUCCACAGGGAAGCUUUAGUAGUAAAACGUAUGCCAGAACCAUUUAAACUAGUACUCCAGGAAAUCAUAAAGGUAGUCAAAUUUAUUAAAUCUCGGGCUCUACAGUCUCGUUUAUUUACAAAACUGUGUUCCGAAAUGGGAAGUGAUCACAUUCAAUUGCUUUUACAUACGGAAGUGAGAUGGCUCUCUCGAGGAAGAAUGCUUUGCAGGUUAUUUGAACUACAUUCUGAGGUUCAGUUAUUCCUAGGAGAGACUAAUUUUGAACUCAAAGAUAAAUUGACAGAUAACCUGUGGAUAACAACAUUGGCAUACUUAUCAGACAUUUUCAAUCGUCUCAAUGUAUUAAAUUUAAGUUUACAAGGUAAAUCAAUAAACAGAUUUUCAAUGAAUGACAAAAUUAAGGCAUUUAUUAAGAUAAUUGAAAUGAUAAGUAAUAAUGUUUCGAAUGAAAAUCUACAGUCUUUUCCUAAUUUGGAACAAUUUGUGACAGAACAUGAACUUCAAGUGGAAGCUGAUCUUAUAAAAAACAUAAAACAUAAUUGUAAAAUGCUAAAAACAACGUUUGAAGAAUAUUUUAAAGAAGAUUAUUCUGAAUUUUUUUGGAUAAGAAACCCAUUCAUUUUGGAUUUGGAUGAUAUUCCUAAGACACUAACAAACAAUGAAAAAGAGUCUUUGAUAGAAUUGUCAUGUGAUGAAAGUUUGAAAAUUGAAUUUACUAAAUUAGAAUUGGGUGUGUUUUGGAUAAAGAUAAAAAACGAAUAUCCGUUGCUGUCUAAAAUAGCAUUGUUAUUUUUAUUACCAUUCACAACAACUUAUCUUUGCGAAACUGGAUUUUCCUCAAUGAUCGAAGUAAAAAACAAGUUUCGAAACAAACUGAAUCUCGAACCAAAUUUACGCUUAAAAUUAAGUAACACUGAACCAGAUAUUUCAUCGCUAAUAUCAAAUCUACAAAUCCAUGGGUCUCAUUGA